UCCGCCACUUUUCCCUUCUCUUUCCUCUUCCAACCCAAUUCCCCCACGAUCUCCGAAACCCGCGGAAUUUUCUCCUCGACCAACAAUUUCCCCAAAAAUAAACCAAACAAACAAAUGCGAUGGGUUCGUCCCUUGAUUGCUUCAUCCUCCUUUGGCGAUCGCAGAGCUAAACAAACCAUCGGAAUCCAUGGCCGGCGACGAGAUCGCUCCCGGUUCCAACCCUAAUCUCUCCUCCGUCGCCGAUUCGGCCGCUGUUCACUGCUUAAGUUCUGACACGAUGUGCAAAAGUGACAGUUCUUCUCUUCAAUCACUCUCCAGCGAAAAUUCUCAAAUAAAAGAGGCAACUGACAAAAAUGGAGUUGAUUUGUUCUUUGAUAACUUCUUCUUCGGGCACAACAGGAAACCCUCAGGAGACGCAACCACUCCUGAUCAAAAUUCCAGCCCUCAAGAAGUUGCUUCCAUCUCUCAAGAAAUUGCUCCCAUCUCUCCAGUAAUUGCUCCUGUCUCAGAUCCUAACCUUCAGCUAUCUUCCAUUGCAGAUUCCGUCAUUGCUCGUUGUGCAGGGCUUCUUUUCCUGUCAAUUGAAGAGCUCCAACAAUCUUUCAGGACUAAGUUUUCUAGCCAUGUAAGGUGGUAUUCGACAUAUGCUAGGAAUCUUUUAGAGUAUUGCUGCUUUAGAGCUCUUCAUGCAACAAGUAAAACUCCGGACUGUCUUGCUGACAAGAAGUUUCGCCUAUUAACAUAUGAUAUGAUGCUCGCAUGGGAAGCCCCCGAUCCAGAGAGUGAAUCUAUGUUGAAUGAGACUUCUAGCUGUAAACAUCAGGAAGCUUACGAGGAUGAUGGAUCAUUAUACUACAUCAGUUCUACAAACAUGGCUAUUCAGGUUGAUAACAAGAAGACAGUUGGAUUGGAAGCUUUUGCUCGAAUAGCUCCGGCAUGCCCUGCCAUUGCUGAUCCAAUCACUGUCCAUAACCUGUUUGAUGCGCUGACAUGCUGUUCAGGUGGCAGACUUCAUUUUCUUAUUUACGACAAGUACCUCAAAAGCCUAAAUGAAACUCUGAAGUCUGUUAAAAGUACAACAAGAUCACGACUCAAUUCAAAUCUUCGCCUUGCAGAAGGAGAAAUCAUCUUAGAUGUUGACGGUUUCAUGCCCACUAAACCUAUUUUGCAACAUAUUGGAAUAUCCACAUGGCCUGGAAAGUUGAUUCUUACUAACCACGCUCUUUACUUCGAGCCGCUAGGGGUUGUUUCAUAUAAUAAAGCCAUCAGAUAUGAUUUGGCAACAGAUUUGAGGCAAGUGAUAAAGCGUGAAAUGACUGGACCAUGGGGUGCUCGUCUCUUUGAUAAGGCUGUGAUGUAUAAAUCGAACUCUCUAGCAGACCCCAUUUUUUUGGAGUUUCCUCAGCUUAUAGGCCAUUCACGCAGAGACUACUGGUUUGCAAUCACUCGGGAAGUUUUUCACGUUCAUAGAUUCAUCAGAAAGUUCAAUCUUAGUCAGAUUCAGAUGGCAGAAGCUCUUUCAAGGGCUUCUUUAGGCAUCUUUCGUUGUCGUGCUCUUAAAGAGGCCUUCCAUGUUGUUCCUUCCCACUUUAAGACCACACUUGCAUUUAACUUAGCUGAAAAACUCCCAAAAGGAGACAAGAUUUUAGAGGCUUUAUAUCAUCAGUUGGAGCUUUUAUGCACCAAAAUCAACAUCGAUGCUUCAGCUAACUAUUCACCUAAUGAAGUGCAAAGGAGUGAUUCUUUUCCAGUUUCAUUUUAUGCUCUUGCUAAAAUGGGUUUUCAUUCACUGGAGGGAGAAAACUGGUCUAAAGAAGCAGAGCUUCUAGUUGCAGAUGCUCAUGUUGGUGAAAUAUGUCCACUCCAAAAGGCUGUUCAAGAAUCACUUGGUUACUCUUGUAAGGCUGAGGCAGCACGGGCAACACUGGAUCAGGUCAAAGUAGAAGAUAUUGAGACAAACCUUGCUGUAAUAAGGGAAUUACUUUUUCCAUUGUUUGAAUCAGGCAAAAGACUCAAUUUCCUAGCAGGGUGGGAAGAUCCAUUAAAAUCGACUAUGUUUUUGCUUUUUAUCUUUUAUGUCAUUUACAGGGGUUGGAUCGGAUACCUCUUACCUUCAACUUUCUUGUCAUUUGCACUUAUCAUGCUCUGGCACAAGAUUUUCAGCAAAGGAAAGCAGAUUGAAGCCUUCCAAAUCACGCUGCCCCCUAAUAGAAACCCUGUCGAGCUGCUUUUGGCUUUGCAAGAAACCAUCUCUCAGUUAGAAACAAGUGUCCAAGCAGGAUGUAUUACUCUUCUCAAGAUCAGAGCUCUUCUAUUUGCCGCAUUUCCAAAGACAACAACCAAGGUUGCAUUCAUUUUGAUUGGUACAGCCACAAUUUUGGCCCUGAUUCCUCUCAAGUACCUGGUGUUCUUAGUUUUCCUAGAGGCGUACACUAGGGAGAUGCCAUUGAGGAAAGCAAAUAGUGAGAAGCUAAAACGGCGAAUAAAGGAAUGGUGGAUUCGAGUUCCUGCUGCCCCAGUUCAGCUCAUCAGAUUUUAAGAGAACCAGAAUUCAAAACAACACAUUUUUUCUUAUAUAUACUCCUGUAAAUUCUCACUCUACAAUGAAUAUCAGUGUAAUCUCUUUUCCGAUAAUGAAGUCCUUGUUCAUUAUUUA